CUAGCUCUCUCACCCGGCUCAUCCACCUCACCAUCCAGACCGUAAACGCCCAAACACAACUCAAUCUCUCUCCCUCUCCUCGUCUCCAUCUCAGGACGGACGCAGUGUCCUGCACGCCUUUCGUGUAACUUGAGCAGUAAAUAGAUCAAGCUUAGAGUUGUUGUCGAGGACAUUUUCAGAAGUGAUGGCGUCCAAGCUUCAGCAAAUUUCAUCAAAGGCAUGCCAAGUUACACAGUAUCUCACCAAGAAUACUUCUUCCAUCUACAAACAGACACUUGAAAGUAACAAGCAGUAUAUCGUGGAGCCACCUACUAUGGAAAAGUGUGAUGAGUUAUCAAAGAAAUUGUUUUAUACUCGUCUUGCCAGUAUUCCAGGUCGUUAUGAGGCAUUUUGGAAGGAGCUUGAUGGUGUCAAGAAUUUAUGGAAGCAGCGGAAGGAAUUGAAAGUUGAGGAUGCUGGGAUUGCUGCAUUGUUUGGCAUCGAGUGCUUUGCAUGGUUUUGUGCCGGGGAGAUUGUUGGAAGAGGCUUUACUUUCACUGGUUACUAUGUCUGAAAAAUUGACCUCUUUAGCCAAGAACGUAAUAGCCAGAAAUGAAAGUUUUCUAAAUGAUUGAGUGAUGUAAUAAUCUCUACUAUGCACUUCGUCUACACAUCCAUGGAGAGGCCCAGUGAUAUGAAGUUAUGAACCAUGCACCUUUUUUGUUCUCGUUUUCAAUGAUUUAUGGCUACUGAAGUACAAAAAAAGUUACAGAGUACCAUCUUGCUUGCAAUUUUAUUUGCCAAAUGAGCAAUAAUGACAUGUUUGGUGCACACGAAUGAGGGAAAGCCAAUCCUAACGCAUAAAUAUUCUUCUGUAAAAAAAUUAACGCAAAACUAAUCCAAGUUAAACAAUGACAUGCUUGGUGCACAGAAAUGUUGGUAAAGCAUGACUGAGAAAAAAAAUGAGCAUUGGGUUUCUGUCUGAAAACAAGAGUAAUUAGAUAUAUUUAGUGAAUUUAAUCAUAGCUAAAAAUAUACGGAGUAUUAAGCUAAUAAUUCCUGUUCUAAUCUUGUGAUAGUUAUAUGCGUUUUUGGACUGUUUUGACUAUAUUGCUUUCUUUCCUAAGCUA